AUGAACGCGCUUCGCACCAGUUCCCCCGUCGGCUGCGCGGCGCCGCCCCAGGCUCGCCAGCCGCUGCGGUCGACGAGCGCGGCGCGUCAUCCCGGCGCCUGUGGCUGCGGCCUCCCACGCAGGCACGGGACCGCCCGCCGCGUGGUUCUGCGGCGCUCUCAGGACGAUCCGAAGGGUGACCAGCUCACGAAAUCGAUCGACGCGGCGGGCGCGGGGGGCUCGAUCGUGAGUCCGCAAGUCCAGUUGGCAAUUGCCAAUCUCUUCAAGCUCCUUUUCGGUCGACUGGGCAUCCCCCUCGCCAACCCGACCCCCGAGGACAUGAACAGCCUCCUCGGAGGCGCCCUCUUCCUCCCCCUGUACAAAUGGUUCCGCGAGACAGGCCCAGUCUUCCUCCUUCCAACAGGCCCCGUGUCCUCGUUCCUCGUCGUGUCGGACCGCGAGACGAUCAAGCACGUGCUGCGCGGGAGCGACAACCCGGCCAACGACCUCUACUCCAAGGGCCUCAUCACCGAGGUCUCGCAGUACCUCUUCGGCGUCGGCUUCGCGGUCGCGCAGGGCGAGGAGUGGCGCGUCCGGCGCAAGGCCGUCGGCCCCGCGCUGCACCGCAAGUACCUCGAAGCCAUGGUCGGCCUCACGUUCGCGCCCGCCGCGACGCUGCUGGCGGACAAGCUGGUCUCCGAGAUCCGCGCGGGCGGCGGGAAGCCGAUCGACAUCGAGCAGGGGUUCAACCAGAUGACGCUGGACGUGAUUGGCAAGGCGGUGUUCAACUACGAGUUCGACGCGCUGACGACCGAGUCCCCGAUCAUCCAGGCCGUGUACACGGCGCUGAAGGAGACCGAGUCCCGCACGACGGACCUGAUCCCGUACUGGAAGUCGCCGCUGCUGUGCAAGAUCGCGCCCAGGCAGCGCAAGGCUGCGGCGGCGGUCGAGGAGAUCCGCGUCGUCACGGAGGGACUCAUUCGCAAGUGCAAGGAGAUGGUGGACGAGGAGGAGAUGGCGCAGGCGUCGAACGAGGAGGAGUAUCUGAACCAGGGCGACCCCUCGAUUCUGCGCUUCCUGAUCGCGGCGCGCGAGGAGACCACGUCGACGCAGCUGCGGGACGACCUGCUGUCGAUGCUGGUCGCGGGGCACGAGACGACGGCCAGCGCGCUCACCUGGACGUCGUACCUCCUCGCGAAAAAUCCCAAGGCGCUCGCGAAGGCCACGGAGGAGGUCGACCGCGUCCUCGGCGACCGCGCGGAGCCCACCUUUGACGACUACCGAGAGCUCAAGUACACGCUGCGCUGCGUGUGCGAGAGCAUGCGGCUGUACCCGCACCCCCCGGUUCUCAUUCGACGAGCCGUCAAGGACGACCCUCUGCCGUACGGGGGCGGCAAGUACGUCGCGCGGAAGGGGCAGGACGUCAUUCUCUCCAUCUACAACCUCCACCGCUCCCCGGAGGUGUGGGACGACCCCGACGCGUUCAUUCCCGAGCGUUUCGACCCCGAGGGCCCCAUCCCGAACGAGCAGAACACCGACUUCCGGUACGUGCCGUUCAGCGGAGGCCCCCGGAAGUGCGUCGGCGACCAGUUCGCGCUGAUGGAGGCGACGGUCGCGCUCGCGGUGCUUCUCAAGCGGAUCCACCUCGAGCCCGUCGAGGGGUUCGACCCCGGGAUGACGACGGGGGCCACCAUUCACACGCGCAACGGCAUGUUCCUGCGGCUGUCUGAGCGCGCGGGCCGGGAGCGCGCGGGCGGAGAGCAGGCCGCGACGACGGCGCCCGUCGGAGCGUAG